AUGAGAGACCCUGUCGAAGGCUUUGCUGAAAUCGAGGAAUAUAACAUCAACCUGGCCGGCUUUAUCCGUGACUGCAGUUCUAACAAUUUCGCAGGUGGUUCCCCUGUGGCUAUGGAUCCUGAGGAUUACAAGAGCAUCAAGAGCGUUCCAAUGCAGUCCGUAUUUCCCAAAGAGAACGUGCUUUCGGCCAUGCAGAGCACAGAAGACGUGUCCUUUGGCAGCUUCCUUGAAUGCUUUCACUACGGCAAGACCCCCUACGGUGAAUACUUUGGCCACCUUCUUCCCUGGUAUGAGAUGAGAAACGAGCCCAACGUCUUGUUCUUUACCUACGAGCAGCUGAAAAUGAAUACCAGGGAAUUAGUAUUGAAGAUUGCAGAUUUCCUUGGCGAAGAGCAUGGUACGGCUUUGAGUGAAGACACGGAGUUCUACGAGAAAAUCUUGCAGUCAUCAAGUCUUAAGAACAUGAAGGCCAUCUUUGAUUACACCCCUUCCGAGCGUAUAAAAGCGCUGGGAGAACUUCCGCCUGAAAGAAAUCUGAAGUCUCUUGAAUUCUUCAAAAAACUGAACAUACAGAAAAAAAUGUACAAGGGCUCAGCCCUUGUGCGCAAGGGAAUGAUAGGAGACUGGCGAGACCACUACACAACAGAUUAUAUUGCGAAGACUAAAGCUUGUAUAGCAGAGAAAACCAAGGAGAGUGACGUCAUGAAUCUGUGGAAGGACUUAGAUCUUCCGUAA